UUUUAUUCUUGAAAAAUAUACUGUUUAAUAUAUGUGUAAUUCAUUUUGUUUGAUGUUAACUCUUUUUUUUCUCUGUCGUCCGUCAUAAUAUAGAGAGAUUUGUGUGCGACUUGUAUACUCAACUUCCUAUAUUCCCUCUUCAUAUAAUUCAAAGCAACAAAUCUUUGUCUCUUUGUCUCUCACAACUUCCCAAGAACCACCUUUCUUCUAUUUUUUUUGGUUUUUGAAAUUCGAAUGCAGAGAGAAACUGAUCGGAGAAUGGCGACGGAGCAUAUAACCCGUAAGGCAGACGAAUACAGUGUCGAGCUUUUACCUAGCGACGACGACGCGCCGCCGCCGCUUUCAUCGUCGUGGCGUCUCAGCCUCGAGACUUUUCGACUUCCUUCUUCCCUGUCGUCCACUGUCCGUCACGACGGCCGUACUCGCUUCUCUCGCUACUUCCGUACUCCCAGAAAGGAACGUAAAGUCUCUGAAUACUACAAAAAGCAAGAGAGGCUCCUCGAGGGCUUCAACGAGAUGGAGACUAUCCAUGAAACCGGUUUUGCAUCUGGAGCUCCAACUGAGGAAGAAAUGAAGAAGCUUGCAAAGAGUGAGAGAUUGGCUGUACACAUUUCCAACGCUACAAAUUUAGUGCUUUUUGUGGCAAAGGUUUAUGCAUCUAUGGAGAGUAGAUCCAUGGCUGUGAUUGCUUCAACUUUGGACUCUCUCUUGGAUCUUUUGUCUGGUUUUAUCCUUUGGUUUACUGCUAAUGCCAUGAGCAAACCAAACCACUUUCAUUAUCCUAUAGGCAAACGACGGAUGCAGCCUGUGGGGAUCAUUGUGUUUGCUUCCGUGAUGGCAACUCUUGGACUGCAAGUUUUGCUAGAAUCAGGAAGGCAACUAGUCUCCAAGAAUGGUAUUCACAUGAAUAGCACAGAGGAGAAAUGGAUGAUCGGGAUCAUGGUCUCUGUCACCAUCGUUAAGUUCUUGCUCAUGCUUUAUUGCAGGGGAUUUCAGAAUGAAAUAGUUAGGGCCUACGCACAGGAUCACUUCUUUGACGUUGUAACCAAUUCAAUAGGCUUAGCAACAGCCGUCUUGGCUGUUAAAUUCUACUGGUGGAUUGAUCCCUCUGGUGCUAUAGUUAUUGCUUUGUACACCAUAGGAACAUGGGCAAGAACCGUACUGGAGAACGUCCAUUCGCUCAUAGGACGCUCUGCACCGUCAGAGUUCUUGAAUAAACUGACAUUCUUGAUAUGGAACCAUCACGAACAAAUCAAGCAUAUUGACACAGUUAGGGCCUACACUUUUGGAUCACACUACUUUGUUGAGGUUGACAUUGUUUUGCCAGAGGACAUGAGACUGCAAGAGGCUCACAACAUCGGAGAGACUCUUCAGGAGAAGCUCGAGCAACUUGCUGAGGUGGAACGAGCUUUUGUUCACAUAGACUUUGAGUUCACUCAUCGUCCUGAACACAAGUGUAAUUAGAUUUUGACCAGAAAAUAUUCAGGACGUGAAUGAUACCGUUAGGUAACGUUCUACGGUUCUAGUGUUAGUUCUUUAGUAAAUGUUAUCUUGUGGUCUGUAUGGAAAUCAAAUGAAUGUUGUUUCUUUUCAAGUCUA